GUGACCUCUGCGCGGCCGGGCGCUUGGGGGCGUCCUUCUCGAUCCCAUGGUGCUCCGCGGUGCGGCCUCAUUCUCUUCCGGUCGCUGCAGCGGGGAGUAGAGGGCGGUCGCGGCAGGCAGCCGGCGCCGGGGUGGCGGCAGAAUGUUGGCUACCAGAGUAUUUAGCCUAAUUGGCAAGCGAGCGGUUUCCACCUCAGUGUGUGUAAGAGCACAUGGAGGUGUCGUGAAGAGCGAGGACUAUGCUCUCCCAAGUUACAUGGACCGGCGUGACUAUCCCCUGCCAGAUGUGGCCCACAGGAAGGACCUCUCUGCCAGCCAGAAGGCCCUGAAAGAGAAGGAGAAGGCCGCCUGGAGCAGCCUCUCCACCGAGGAAAAAGUUGAAUUGUAUCGCAUUAAGUUCAACGAGAGCUUCGCCGAGAUGAACAGGGGCACGAACGAGUGGAAGACGGUGGUGGGCGCCGCCAUGUUCUUCAUCGGCUUCACGGCUCUCAUCCUCAUCUGGGAGAAUCUUAGGUCCACGCUCCGCCUCAUCGUCACCUUCAUCACCACCACCACCACCACCACCUUCUCAUCGUCCUGA